GGAAACUUGUCAAAACAUUCUAUACAAUACAAAUAUGAAUCAUUCUAAAAAUGAACAAAAAUAUUAGUCUUAUAUUAUUUACCAUCUUUUGGGUCUUAUUCGGCGUAAUUGGCUGGAUAGUGGCUGUAUGUUUUAAGGAGCGGACCCUUAUACGAUGUUGCAUCUUACUAACCGCCGUCUGUUGCUGGCUUGUCUGGCUGAUUACCUUCCUAAUGCAGAUGAAUCCCCUGGUUGGGCCACGCGUUGGUCAAUUAAAUAUUUUGGCAAUGAUAUCAUACUGGGAUAACUCGUACAUGCACAAUGAACCGGACCCAUAGCCAAGCGCAAUUUCCGGCAAUGUUUUCCUCCGGGCGAAUAUCAGGUUAAAGUGUCUUUCAAUGUAGUUAUAAUGCAGAUAAUAAUAAUUUCAUGUAAAUGAUAUUAGUGCCUCGUUGUGUUAAUAUCAACAUAUACACUGCUGAACUCUU